AUGGAAAUCGGAUCGAACGCGGCGUACAGCCAGCGCACAUUUUCAGAAGAUGUUCUGCGUCUGGAAGUAUCCGGUCCAUCUCAGGAGCACUUCAGUGUCAUCGAUGUUCCCGGCAUCUUUAAGCGAACAACACAAGGUGUGACCACCAAAGAAGACAUCAUCUUGGUCGAUCAGAUGGUACACAGCUAUAUGUCGAAUCCGAGGUCUGUUGUGCUAGUUGUCAUUCCUUGCAAUGUCGAUAUUGCUACCCAGGAGAUUCUCGAACGGGCAGAAGACCUCGAUGCCGAGGGAAUCCGGACUUUAGGCAUUCUGACGAAGCCUGAUCUCAUCGACCAGGGCGGGGAAGGUGCUGUUGUGGAUUUCCAGUUGGGCCCGAAGCGCCAGACGCGCGAGGAACAGUUCCAGUACAUCGUCGAUGUCGCUAUUCGGUUCCAAACCCUUGUAUCCGACGCACUACAGGCUGGUUAUAGUCGAUCAGACAUAUUUGCAGGCAAUCCUACUCUCCGUCUCGCCACCCAGGCAAUCAAUCGAGGAGAGGCCUUCGCCAAGGCUCUAGACACUCAUGGUCAUGUAUAUCAAUUUCAGACGAAGAGUCCGUCGACCAAGAAUGGGAUUUCAGGGCUUACCAUACAAGGCUCCGCAGACGUCGAGGUACGGACGGUCAAGGACCAUCCGGACAUUGAGGACCUCACCCACGAGAAUACUUCGGUCCCGGCCCCCUCAGAUGACGAUAUUGUUGACUGGAUCGAGGAGAAAUACCGCGACUGCAGAGGUUUCGAACUUGGUACAUUUGACGCCACCAUUCUAAGUGUGAUCUUGAAAGAUCAAGCAGCCAAUUGGGGUUCUCUCGCACACGGAUACGUUAGCGACAUGAUCGCCUUGGUGCAUCAUUUCGUUGUCGAAGUGCUACAGCAAAUCGCCCCCAGCCGUCGGGUCUCGGACGGAAUCAGGAUCUUGUUGCUAGAUGAUUUAACGAAGAUGUAUCGAGACGCGAUCGAUCACACGCAGUUCCUCCUCGACAUUGAGCUGCACGGAACGCCUGCUACGUACAACCAUUACUUCAACGAAAAUCUUCAGCAACUGUAG